AGCCAACCGUCACAGCGGCAUGAAGGCACCUUUUGCGAUCGCCUCGCCGUGGCAUUUGGAAUUACGAGCUUCAACGUUAUCCAGAUCCCUGCAAGAGUCAAACCCUGCAAUAGCGAAAUUCAAGGGCGGACUGGGAAAAGAUAUCUCUUCCCAGCGGGCGUGCUACCAUGACUGUACGGGAAACACGCUAGAAAGCGGAUUUCUGUGGUUCUAAGCAUGCUUUUGAAAACAACAAGUGACGGAGCCUCGUCACUAGUUUGUUGAGUUGAUGCUAACACGCGCACCAUACGCUACUGAUCAUGCCAUGUCCAGUUAGAAAAGCUAAUGCAGGUAUUGUCUGUGUGCAUCUUCAGACUUCUCCUGUUUCGAUCUGAUCGCAGCGCUUUGGAGAGGCAAAAGUUGUUGAUCCCCCGCUGGCUUCUCUUUUGUCUCCGUAAAAAGUGGGAUGCCGCUCGUUCUUUGGCUUCUCUUGAGGACCAUCUCUUCCUUUUUCAGAUUUUCCUUCACUACACAGUACCUCCCUUCUUAGACCAUCGGUGUCUCGAGGUUCUGGACUCGAUUUAACGAUAGACUUUUGGAAUCUUCAGCCUUGGAAAAGGUGCCCUUCUAGGCUUUCUUCUCAUAUUGUACCAUCAUUAGAGAAGACUGUGCUUUGAGCUUUUACGAUAAUACUAGCAAUUGACCUCGAUAUCCGUUAGCGUCUACGCUGGUUUCAUUUUUUUUCUUGGGAGCUUUCCUCUACCUGCGACUAAGCUCUUCUUUAUUUUCAACGGAGAUAUCUGGCACAAGCACGAUAUUCCCAGCUGUACAGGCGAUGAGAGACGGACCAGUCAUCGAACAAGGGGUUGACCCCAAAAUUGACCAUAUCCACCUAAGUCUAAGCACGGUGGACGAUGCUACUCAUCGAGAUCGAAAUGACAUGGCACGAAUGGGGAAAUCCCAACAAUUCAAGGUAAAUAAAUACCUUCCUAAGAGGAAUUUUCGUUUCAUGUCGACACUCGGGUUUACUUGUACACUGAUGGCAACUUGGGAGUCUGUUCUACUCACUUCAAAUUUGGGCCUGGUGAAUGGCGGUCAAGCCGGGAUGGUGUACAUCUAUAUCGGGACAUUUGUCGGCUUCCUUUUCUCGGUGAUUUCAAUGGCCGAGAUUGCAUCACUCUCUCCUACAUCUGGCGGUCAAUAUCAUUGGGUAAGCGAGUACGCAAGCCCUAGAUAUCAAAAGUUCUUAAGUUAUAUCACAGGGUGGCUCUCCGUACUAGGGUGGCAAGGUGGAUUUGCUAGUAUCACCUUCCUCUGUGGCACUCUAGUCCAGGGGUUUAUUGCAUUGAACAACCCAACUUCCUAUACUCCUGAGAGAUGGCAUGGCACUCUCCUGACUUUCGCAAUUGCACUGUUUGCCACUUUCAUCAACACCUAUGCUGCAAGUCAGUUACCCAGUCUCGAGGGCUUAAUUCUCAUUCUCCAUAUCUUUGGCUUCUUUGCUACAAUGAUCCCUCUCUGGGUAAUGGCUGAGAGGGUGGAUGCCAAAACCGUUUUUACUGAAUUCAGCAAUAUCAGCGAGUGGCCAAGUACUGGCUUGGCCGUUUUGGUAGGGCAGAUUGCCCCAAUAUUCUCAUUCUUGGGGCCUGACGGUGCUACGCAUAUCGCUGAGGAGAUUAAAGACGCUUCAAAGAUCGUCCCUUGGUGUAUGGUUGCGACUGCCCUCAUCAAUGGCACUCUUGGUUUUGUGAUCCUCAUUACAUAUCUCUUCACGAUGGGUGAUCUAGACACAGUUCUUCACCCACCAAGCGGCUUUUCUUUCAUAUCUGCAUUCAACAACGCCCUGGGUAGCGCAAAGGGAGCUACAGCCCUUGCUUCGCUUAUCCUCGUCCUCGAAAUCUGCAGCGCCAUUAGUAUUUUAGCAACCUGUUCUCGGCAGGCAUUUGCGUUUGCCCGCGAUAACGCUCUACCUUUUUCCAGUUUUUUCGCCAACGUCAACCCCAAGUCCAAGAUUCCCGUCAAUGCGGUGAUGUUCACCACCACUGUCACCCUUCUUUUAUCGCUAAUUAAUAUUGGCUCAACGGAAGCAUUCAACGCCAUUGCCUCUCUAACCGUAGGAUCUCUCUAUCUCUCAUAUAUUUUAUCCAUUGGAGCCUUCAUCGCUCGCCGCCUGCGACCCGAGCCGCUGCCCCGAGCACGGUUCAGCCUCGGAAAAUUCGGACUACCGAUAAAUAUAUUCGCGUUCUUCUAUCUGUGCUUUGCGAUCGUCUUCACUUUUUUCCCGGGUCAGCGCCAUGUCACUCUCCAAAAUAUGAACUGGUCGGUUUUGGUCUGGGGGGUUGUGGUUGUCUUUGCCAUUGUCCAGUACAUGGUCCACGGCAGGAAAGUAUACGAGGGCCCCGUUGCAUAUGUUCAAAAGGCACAGUAA